GUAUGGUGCUGCGAGCGCCGGAGCCCGGAACUUGCCGGAAGAUCGCACGCAUAUCCUCCGCAGGUAGCCUUGGUGAAGUUUGGCUGCUGUAUACACAAAUCUCUCGGGGAAGGGAUUUGCCGUCCUCUUCCCUUUGACUCCAGUCACAAUGAUACCUAAACCGUCGCACUAGAGAAAGGCUUACAACUUGGCAGCACUGCACCUGUGUAAACUACCAUGGAAGGUGCGGAUGAUUCUAGUAAACGGCCGGGCACUCGGGUGUUCAAAAAGAGCUCACCCAAUGGCAAGAUCACUAUGUAUUUGGGUAAACGUGAUUUUGUGGACCAUAUCACGAGCGUGGACCCGAUAGAUGGUGUUGUUCUAGUGGACCCAGACUAUGUGAAGGAACGUAAGGUGUUUGGCCACGUCUUGGCAGCAUUCCGUUAUGGCAGGGAAGACCUGGAUGUGUUGGGACUCACUUUCCGCAAGGACCUCUACCUCGCCUCGGAGCAGAUCUAUCCCCCGCUGUCUUCUUCCGGACUGGAAGGGGGCGGAGGCUCGGAAGGUGCUCAGCAACGUCCCCUCACUCGCUUACAAGAGCGUCUUCUGAAAAAGUUGGGUCCCAACGCAUUCCCCUUUUACUUUGAGCUCCCACCGCACUGUCCUGCGUCGGUGACGCUCCAGCCGGCGCCGGGCGACACGGGCAAGCCCUGCGGCGUGGACUAUGAGCUCAAGGGCUACGUUGCGGAGAGUGUAGAUGAGAAGCCACAUAAAAGGAACUCUGUACGUCUGGCGAUACGCAAAAUCAUGUACGCACCUAGCCGUCAAGGGGAGCAGCCAAGCGUUGAAGUAAGCAAAGAAUUCGUCAUGUCUCCCAACAAGCUACACUUGGAGGCCUCCCUCGAUAAAGAGCUGUACCAUCAUGGAGAAGACAUUGCAGUCAACGUCCAUAUCGCUAACAACUCUAAUCGCACAGUCAAAAGGGUAAAAGUGUCUGUGCGCCAGUUUGCAGACAUUUGCCUGUUCUCGACGGCACAGUACAAGUGCACGGUAGCUGAAAUAGAUUCUGAAGAGGGCUGUCCUGUGGGCCCUGGUUUUACACUGUCGAAAGUUCACUACUUGCGCCCCCUGCUGGCCAACAACAAGGACAAGCGGGGGCUCGCCCUGGACGGGCAGCUCAAGCACGAGGACACCAACCUUGCUUCGUCAACCAUCAUCACGGACCCAGCGCAGAAGGAGAACCUGGGCAUCAUUGUUCAGUACAAGGUGAAGGUUAAACUCUGCCUAGGACCACUUGGAGGAGACCUGGUGGCGGAGCUUCCAUUCAUUCUCAUGCACCCCAAACCUGAAGAAUCCAGCCCUGCCGUUUCUGUUCCAAGGCCACUUCCAGGGGGUGACGAUGCUGAGCCAGUUGACACAAACCUCAUCCAGCUAGAUGCAGAUGGCGUCCUGCUGGAUCCAGACGAUGACAUCAUUUUCGAGGACUUUGCUAGGCUUCGUCUGCGAGGGGAAACAGAUGCCUAAGUUUCCAUCGGCGCAACCAGGAUACCCUCUGCUGGACCCCUCAGCUUCUUCCUGUCGUCUGCCAUACGAGCUUCGUGUUGAAAUGGGCCACACCAACAAAUGGGCUGGAAAAGCCAUACCGGAUGAUGUGUCCUUCCUUCAGUGCAAGGUCCCACUUUUCUGAACAGUUGUUACCUGCACAAAGUGACUUGUGACGGUGUUGCUGGACAUCUCUCCACCUUUUAUCCUGUUUUGCAUUUUGUCUCACAGGGUCCCUAGAAGUAUACGAAAAACGAAAAUGAGCUGCUGUCUCCGAAUAGGCAUUUCUAUACAGUUUUGAUGGAUGAUGGGGGUCCAAAAAAAUACCGCGUCUAGUUGCGUUUAUGCUAGCCGAUGCAAGUUUUUGUUGGAUCUGAGACGUGUUGGCUGCUUUCCGACGUUUUAUUUGUAUAGCUCGAGGUUGCCAGCUCGGUUUGCUCGAUGGGUAAUUUGUGAAGCCGGUGGCGAAGCGGAGGCAUCGGGCGUCUGUGAGCUUAUUGGGCGACCCUGAGGCAUGCCUCAUAUUUUGUAGCAGCAUGCUUCGGCGAAUGCGACAAGAAGCCUGCGUCCCUUUCGAUUGUUGCCGCGUCUCGCAUUUCAGCAUCUGUUGUAACAAGGCUCGUAUUCGUAAUGAGAAUCUGGCUCGCGGCGAAUUGUUUUCUGUGAAAACAGCCCUUUAAUUUUGAACGUUUUACGGUUACUGCUAGUGAGACGCUAAACCCACUAAGAAGUCUAGUACGUACUAUUUAUUUAGAAAUAAUCUUUAGGAAUCUUGUGUAACGCGCAAAUAAAGUGGUAGACCAAGCACA